AACCACAGGCCCAGCCGAAACUGCCCAGAGUCCAGGCCACGGGGCUUCGGAGGACUUGGGUCAGCGCUGCAAAGGGGGUAUCUGUGGAGCUCUUGCUGGGUCCACGGCGCCCUGGGGCUUGGGCAGGGGUCUGGGGCAGGGCUGCAGCGUCCACAGAGGCAGCUCGGAAGGCCCCCUUGGGCUGGGAAGAGCAAGAGAGGCCCCUGCCAGCCUGUCACAGGCUCUUGGCACUGGCCCUGGCUUUCACACACGCACACACUCACACUCACACUGGAAGGUACCCUCUUGGUGGCCUCCACGGACUCAUCUUCAGGCUCAAAGCUGGCUCCGUGGGGGACACAGUGACAUGAGAGGCAUGCCACAGACCCACCUUCUGGCCUUCUCCAUCCUCUGCCUCCUGUCAAAGGUGUGUGCCCAGCUGUGCCCGACGCCAUGUACCUGUCCCUGGCCACCACCCCGAUGCCCACUGGGGGUGCCCCUGGUGCUGGACGGCUGCGGCUGCUGUCGAGUGUGCGCACGGCGGCUAGGGGAGCCCUGUGACCGUCUCCACGUCUGCGACCCCAGCCAGGGCCUGGUCUGCCAGCCCAGGGCGGGCCCUGGUGGCCGAGGGUCCGUGUGCCUCUGGGGAGAGGAUGACGGGAGCUGUGAGGUGAACGGCCGCCUGUACAGGGAUGGGGAGACCUUCCAGCCCCACUGCAGGAUUCGCUGCCAAUGUGAGGAUGGCGGCUUCACCUGUGUGCCACUGUGCAGUGAGGAUGUCCGGCUGCCCAGCUGGGACUGCCCGAAUCCCAGGAGGGUGGAGGUCCCCGGCAAGUGCUGCCCUGAGUGGGUGUGCGACCAGGGAGGGGAGCUGCGGGUCCAGCGCCUCCCGGCCCAAGGUACGGCCUCAGAAAGUCUAGCAGCUUUGCCACUGGGUCCCAACACCUCUACACGCAGGCCACAACCUCCUUCCUGGAAGAUGCCAUGGGGUGCAGAAAUGAGAAACCCACCACGGACUGGGGGACUAUCACGGCCAGCACCAUCGUAGUUGCCUAGUAACCGACACAAAUGAGGUGCUUACAGCACCUUUCUAAGCAUGUCCCCACCGUUCUUUGAUUCAGCGCUAACAAUUGCCCAUUAGGAAACUUACAGAGGAAGAAACUGAGGUCCAGAGAGGCUAAGCGGCUUGACCAAGAUGGCACCACUAGCGGCUGGGUUGACUUGGCUGCCAAGCCCUGACCUCAUAGUGCUGACCUCUCUUUCUUCCCCCCAGGACCCCAGUUUUCUGGCCUUGUCGCUCCCCCACCCCCUGGCGUCCCCUGCCCAGAAUGGAGCACGGCCUGGGGCCCCUGCUCUACCACCUGCGGGCUGGGCGUGGCCACUCGGGUGUCCAACCAGAACCGCCUCUGCCGACUG